CAGCAGCGGCAGCAGCAGCAGCAGCAGCAGCGCCGACGACCGCGCGAGGCGGCCGGCCGCCGAGCAGAGGACGCCGGCAGGAGACACUGGCGAGCGAGACGUGGCGGACUUGAAGGACCUCAUGCGCCGCAUCGGCGCCGCCAUAGGCAGGAUGCACAAGAUCGGCGUCGUCCACGGCGACCUCACCACCUCCAACAUGAUGCUCCGGCCGCCAAAACCGGCCGCCGGCACCGCAGCCCCGAACCCGGACCCGACCGCCCCCUCCUCCCCCUCCUCCGUCGUCGACGGAGACGUCUUCAUCAUCGACUUCGGCCUCGCCAGCCAGAGUACCUCGGAUGAGGACCGCGCCGUCGAUCUGUACGUCCUCGAGCGCGCCUUCGGCAGCACUCACCCCCGCGCCGAGGCCUACUUCCGCGACGUCCUUGACGCCUACCGCACGUCGUACAAGCAGGCGCCCGUCACGCUCAAGAAGCUCGAGGACGUCAGGAUGCGGGGUCGCAAGAGAAGCAUGAUUGGCUAGUGUGGCAGGGUUCGUCGGGAAUAGACAUUGGAGAGCAAUACUAGACAAGAAGCAAAAAGUCAAACUCGGACAGUUCCAAAAUUAGAGCUUCGGGUUCAAGGACGGAAUCAAAUU